AGCAAACUAGGAGGAUCGAGGUAGAUUGGGAAUAUGGGCCACAACUGCUGCGGCAAACACAAAGUUAAGAGAGGGCUCUGGUCUCCCGAAGAAGACGCGAGGCUCGUUAAAUACAUCACCACCCAUGGCCAUGGCUCCUGGAGUUCCAUUCCCAAACUAGCAGGCUUGCAGAGGUGUGGAAAGAGCUGCAGAUUGAGAUGGAUAAACUACCUGAGACCAGACGUAAGGAGGGGAUCCUUCACCGCGCAGGAAGAAAGAACCAUCAUCGAUGUUCACAGAAUGCUGGGCAACAAAUGGGCUCAGAUAGCCAAGCAUUUGCCUGGCAGAACCGACAAUGAGGUCAAGAACUUCUGGAACUCCUGCAUUAAGAAAAAGCUCAUCUCACAAGGGUUAGAUCCCAGCACUCACAAGCUCCUCAUGCCCCCUCGUAAUCACCAGAUCCACAACAACAAUAAUAUUAUUAUCAGUAACAUUAAUAACACAAAUAUCAUCAAUAAUCUCGCAUGUCAUUUAAAUCUCUAUCGCAUCCAUAAUGAUCAGCAUGAAGGCUCCAGUAUCACUUGUACUCACGCACCUACCUUUGAACAUCAAAACCACAGCUUUGUUUGGAGCAGUAAUGGUACUGUUAAGGUUGACCAAGACCCACCUUCUUUAACGGAUCAGUUGGGACGAACCUGUUCUUCGAUGGGAAUUACAGCACCCAUAUCGUCUUCUUCUUACAUGGAUUCAUCUGGGUUUAGCAACUUGGAUGAGAAUUGUGGCAUGUGGGCUCCUAGCGUUGAGAGUGCAGAACAAAAGGAACAGGAAGAAAUAUUAAUAAUGCAGCAAGUUCUACAGCCAGGGCCUGCGCAGGAGGUGAUCAUCAGCCGUGGUCAUCAGGGAGAACUAAUUGAUGGAUCUAAUGGUCGGCUGUUGGAUUUUGAUCAUCAGGGGGAAGUAAUUGAUGAAUCUAAUGGUCAAUUCAGUGGUGGUCAGAACAUGGAUGAUUCGUUCGAAAGCUCUAAUAUUAAUGAUUUUGAGUUUGUUGAGUCCUCUCCGCCAAUGCCUUGUGGUAUGUACAGCAAUUUCAGUUCUGGGAAUGAGCUUGCAUGGGAUUAUUAGGUCUCAGCUCUCCUAAAAAAGGGAAAAAAGAAAAAAAAAAAGGAUUAUUUAGGUGUUUCUAUUUAUUUAAUUAUGUAAAUUAAUUUUACGAGCAUUAUGUUGGGAGUUGCAGUCAAGAAACUUCUAAAGGAGUGGCAGACUGGUUGAAGAAUGAAGACCUGCUUGGUCUAAGAACACUGCUAGCUGCAUGUACAACUCAGUACUGUACUACUUAUUUGCACAACUAUUCAUAUACACAUUUAUUUUAUGA